UCAUCCCUAACUUACUCCAUAAAAUUGUAAAAUGUAAGCAGAGAUGAAACCUUAGGUGGAGGCAGAGAAUGACUCUUUGACGCAGUGCAGCACACAAAUCGCAAUUACCGCGCAGAUUGUGCGGCACUGCCUCCAUUUUGAUUUCCGUUUCUCCAAUUUACUCACAUUCACUUUCUAGGGCUUGUGAAUUCUGAACCAAACUCUCUCUUACACUCACACGCACGCACACGCACGUGAUCAUUCUCAUACUCCUAACCGUUUUCUCAAUCCGAGGGCAUGGAGAAACAACAGCAGCAGAAACUCCCUCUCUCGCUUGACUGGGACACGCUCCAUGAUACGCCGGCGGCGGAACUCGUGGUGAAGCCUAAGGCUCCCGAUCAGAAACCUCCGCCGUAUGUUGACCUGGAUAGUCUCCAAGAUUAUGAGCUCGAGGAAAAUAUUAAGAGGAAGAAGCAGCUUCUCGAAACCACCGGUAAGAAAUUGCCGGACGGCGGGAGCAAACUCCGCGCUGCUAUUGAGUUUUAUGAAGAAGAGUUUCAGAAACGGAAAAUGAACCCUCGUCCGCAGAAAGUUCAAGAGGAGCAGAAGCAAGGACAAGCUACUGGGAGCUCAAGUUCUGUUGGUGUGUCUAAUAAAUCGAGAGAAGAGAAUUUGCCAUCUCGUCAACAGUCAAAACCCUCUUUUGCUUCCUGUUUUUUAAAGAAAAUGGAAGAUAAUCAGACUAAUUGUACAACUGUUGAUGCAUUUAGCAACGAGAAGCCGCAUUUCCAGCAUUGCAGCAGCCAGGAAGUACGGCACAAUAGAGAACCUAAAAAAAGAAAGAGACAUCGAUCAUCUUUAAAACCGCUGCCAUUUCAAUUCUCGAGCAAACAUUCCAAACGUGGUACUUUUAGUGAUAAUGAUAAAAGGUGCCGAGGCAAUUCUACCUUAUCGGUACGGACAAUUACAAGGAACCUAUCAAGACACUUCUCAAAAGAUAAGGGUGCAUUUCAGGCAGUUCAGUCAGAUGAUUCAAGGUCCAGGAAGGGUCAACCCAUUGUGCUUGAUGAUGACGACAGCGACGACAGUGACGAUCCUCAUAUUCCGGAGAAAACAGAAAACAAAGCUCCUGAAUAUUUGAAAGAUGCUAAGAUCUAUUUUCCGUCAAGAGAUGAUCCUGAGUGUGUUGAAGUUUGUUACAACGAUAUGGAAUGCCUUGCUCCUGAAGGUUACUUGACAUCAACUAUCAUGAACUUUUACAUUCGAUAUUUAAAGCAUGUAUCUCCGACAAUAUCAGACUACCAUUUUUUCAACACGUAUUUCUACAAGAAACUUAAAGAAGCUGUUUCCUGCAAGGAAAGUAACCGAGAUACAUUAUUUGCAAAGUUCAGAAGGUGGUGGAAGGGUGUAAAUAUUUUUCAGAAGGCAUAUGUUUUGAUUCCAAUACACCAGGAUCUUCAUUGGAGCUUGAGCAUUAUUUGUUUUCCGGACAAAGAAGAUGAAUCUGGACCAAUAAUACUUCAUUUGGACUCUUUGGGGCUUCACUCUAGUCGAAUAGUUUUUGAAAACAUUAAAAGCUAUUUGAUAGAAGAAAGGAACUAUUUGAGUAAGGAAUGCGUGUCUUCCGAUGUUCCAAUUGCAGACAGAAUAUGGAAGUCUCUUUCUCGUAGAAUUGAAACUGAAGUCAUGAGGGUUCCCCAACAGAAGAAUGAGUAUGACUGUGGUCUUUUUGUACUGUACUUCAUCGAGCGUUUCAUGGAAGAAGCACCCGAACGACUGAAAAAGAAAAAUUUAGCAAUGUUUAGCAAGAAAUGGUUCAAACCUGAAGAGGCAUCCGGUUUGAGAGCGAAAAUCCACAAGUUGCUUGUAACAGAACUACACAGUUCAAUCAAGCCUGAUGGUAUCACAGAAUCUUCUUCUUCAUCUGCUGGUGAUGCAACCGAAUGCGACGAGACUGUCAAGGACUCUUCAAUCAAAGAUGGCAUCGUGAAUUGCGAUUCUCUCGUGAUCGAAUGAACAAUCUGUUGAUAGUCCAUAUAGUUGAUGUUGAUACUUUUACGGUGUACAGACACCGGCUGAGCCGGUAGUUUUGGAUGGGAAGUUUUUUUUGGUCUGUUAAAUAGCUCAAUAGCCUGCUAUACAAGAAAAGGUGGAUGGCAUUUUAUGACCAAAUAAGGGUCAAAUUUGUCUAGUUUCUAACCAUUUAUUAUGGGUUAGGAGUUCCUUCUAAAUGUAUAGUAGGAAACAUUACAGAACUGAUGACAGUAGAUUAUAGGAUUUAAAGUGAAUCUGCUAGAAUUAUACUUUAAAAAACUUUUUUUAGUCUUCAA